UUCAGCUCAUUAGAGGCAGUCGAUAUUUCAGUACGGACGUCACAACAUCAGUUGGUUAUACACCUGAAAGUUUCAAGAAAAAUCCUGAAUAUUUUGUAAAUAAGCUACUGAUUACACAGCGUUAUACAUGAUUGCGUCAAACAUUUGCUCGGCCCUAACAUAUUGGUGACAAUGCAUUCCCAUUCUACUCAGGAGUUGCUGUUUUGCGUUUUACUGGUAUCACACUGUAUCCAUGUUCAUUCAACAUCCAGACAAACAAGGUUAACAAACCCUAAUGGUAAUAUUUUCAAUCUCCUCCUUGGACUAUACAAAGUAAAUCCAUUAAAAAGUUCUAAAGUCUACAAAGCAUUCUCUGACGACGUGUUACUAGGCCGCGGAGAUAAAACUCAUGUUGUUUUAAACUUUGAAUCAGAUGAAUACGCGAAAGAACAAAUGAAAACAAACCUUCAUGAAAUUGAAAAGAUUAUUCAUAAAAAGUCUGAUGAUAAACCAAAAAGUCGUUUUGAAAAACCUGAAUACGACAUCAAUGAUUUAAGCACAGAGAAUUUUAAAGUAGAUAUUGUACUUAAUGAAAAAGUACUAGCCAAGGAACAAUUGAAGAAAUCCUACCAGGACAAGGAGGAAUAUGGUACAUUUUUCGGACACAUUGGCAGUAAUGAAAUUUUUGACAACGGAUUGUUUACAUCAAAACCUACAAGUCACAUCAAAAUUAAGAGUCCACAAAUGUCAAAGCCAACUGUUAAUCAAUUUGAAUCAAUUAGAGAAGAUCGAAAACUUGCAAUGAAUGAUGGGAUGGGAAUCAGGACACGAGUGGAAGUCCGUGAUAAGAAUCAGGAAUACAGUCCAGGAGAUUUAAAGUUGAUUAAAGUGCCCGACGUGGUCGUGAUAUGAAGCAGGGAAAUAAACAACUCUCGAUCGAAUGUGAAACUUACUUUAUACAGAAUUUUAUUUACAAUAAGUUAAUAAAUAAAUAAAUAAUUAAAUAAUUUAGUCAGAGGUCCGUAGUUUUAAAGCUAUUUGUUUCAUUUUC